GGCUCGGCUCACAUCAGCGAAAAACAGCUGCGGGGGAGACGAGCUGGCUGUGGCGCGAUAGUCGGCAACCCGCACCUCGGGGUGCACAUCCCGAGCCCGAUAGCACCAUCGUCCAACGCAGGACUACUGUGCACAGCAUCCUCGAGCCUUCUUGCCGGAAAAUGCGACUCAGAUCCCCGAUCGACUUCGCAUCGCGGUACCUCCGCGACCUGGAGCUGCAGCUUGUGCCCUACCAGGCGCUUUGGUGGUGGGCUUGGACGCCCAAGAUCCAGCGCCACGAACGAUACCAAGACGGCUAUUUCGAUGGUUAUGGCGAAUCCGAGGACGGUCAUGUCCCCCCCCUCGACAUCCGGCGCGCCGUGAAACACCCCUUUUGGCGCAAGGUCUACAAGGCGCUGCCCUAUGUCGACGUGGUACCCGUAAAGCGCCCAUGGGAGGAAAUGUCGGAGGAGCAACAACAACAGAGAAAGGACUUCGUCAUAAACUCGACGCGCUUCAUGUACGACGAGGGCAAGGCCCUAUACCCGCGGGACACGAUCCGUCAGAUCGAGGACCAACUCCAGGCGUACAAGAUCAAGAGUGACCAGCAAAUGGCGAGGGGCAAGGGCAAGAACAAGAGCAAGAACAGUCCAGUGACUAGGCUGCUGUCGCACUGCGAAGCUCCGCAGACGGCGUGGGUCAAGUUUACAGAUUUCGACGGCGUCGUGCAGCACCUGGGCACGUGGAUACCCGGCGCCACCAUGCACACGUCUUCCGGCCGCGUUGUCAGAUACGGCCGCUCGCAGGUCGAGUUCCGCACUAUCCAGGAGCUCACCAUGCCCGACCCAGACAACGACCGUGAAGAGUUCGUCGCGUGCCAGUGGCGCCCUUCCGUCGCUUACAACGCCAUCAAUGUCUGCAAGCGAAAUGCCCGCAGCGAAAUGUUUACUAUUUAUGGCGAGGAAGACGAACAGCUCGAUCCCGACCAACUCACCGAACGUCUCGAGGCGUACCGGGCCAAUGUUGCCGCCUCGGCCGAGUGGCGUGCCAUUGCAGAGUCUCUAACCGAGAGCAGCGAGGCACUGAAGAGCGUCGAUAAGGUCGUCUUCUUCUACAGUGCCGGCCUCAGCGACGACUGCGAUUUUUGCAAGCGAUCCAUGUUCAUUUUGGCCAUGGCCACGCGCCUGCGGGAGCUCAUCCUCGCCUCCCGCGGCGCCCAAAGCGACCACGACCACCGCCCGGCGUCUGACAGCCACGUCGACGGAACCACCAUCACGACGCAGGGAAACGAGAGCAUACCCAUCUACAUGCCGGAAAUCGACAUCGAGCGAACCUGGAAUCCCCACGAGACAGCGGUCCUCGCGAAGGCGGGCGUGGUACUAGUCGAGUCCAACGGCGAGCUGUUCCUCAAAAUCGACGAGCGCACGGCCGUCAUCUCGUACCGGCACUGGAACCCGGUAAAGCAGGUUGUGGCAGAUCUCGCUGUUCCAGCCGUCAUGAUCUGCAAGGCCACGCGCCACAACCCGUCUCUCGACUUUGCGUACAGAGAAGAGGAUCGGGAGGGGGAAAUCUUCCAGGUCCCCCGGGUCCGGGCAAGAGACCUUGGCAACUCAAUCGUGGCAACGGACCCAGACUCGCCGCGCACCAGGAAGCUGCUGGAUCAGUACGACAAGUUUGAGCUUCCCGAGCUGCCGGGGACUGAGGCGACGAAAGAAGCCAUCUCGUUCCACGUGCGGAGAAACAACGUUUCAACUGAGGUGGAGUACUGGUGAGGUUGUCACGUUGUGGCGUUUAUCUGACUGCAUUUAAUCUGCAAUACCCAAUUUAUUUACUCGUCUUUUUGGAAAAAGCCACCUAUGAGAAACGGCCGUUUUGGUCUGAGAUGCCCAGGCUGCAAAUAUUUUUGCAUUUCUUUUGGAUAUAUCAUUUAUUUUAUUAUUCCCUCUCAUCCUCAUGCUGGAUGUGGGUACUGCACACGGCAGCGAGGGGCCAGUAUUUGUACGCACGAUAGGAUAAAGGCCACAUUGGGAGCUUAGCGAGGCAUCUCCUCUCCACACUCGCCUACUCGUAGCUACGUGGUGCAAUGCUGAUAUGGGAUGGGAAGGGUUCUAGAUCAAUCGAUCCCGCUAUGCCGUAUGGUAUAUAGUGCAAACGUCACCAGGGCCCUGGCUGCUUGGAUUGCCGAGGCGUGAGC